AUAUAUAUAAACAGAAAUAAUGAUGUUGAAUUAUGAGAAAUAAAGGAUAUGUUCCACACAGCUUAGAGCAGUUUACAUAGAAGAUAAUUCUCUGCAAUCUUUGUGUGCAUUAAUCACAUUAAUCCUGUUACCAUUCCCCCUUGGAAAGAGUAAAUAAGAUACUACAAAAUUAAGAGACUCCACAAUUUUACGUAUAUCUUACUAAAAUUACUAUUUCACUAAGAAAAAUAAAGCUUGGGGCAUAGAGGAGAUUUAUUGACGUGAUGUAUUGUUAUUCAAUUUGAAGAAAGAUUAGCAUGUGCCAAGAAAGGAAUGAAGAGCAAUAGAAAAUUGUUAUUAAUAAAAGCUUAUUACUUCUUAACACACGGAGGAUGUGCACCGAUUGCGCCAUUCCUGCCGAUAAUUGGAAGGCAGAUGGGUUUUUCGUCUUUAUUCACUGGUUUUAUAUUCGCUGGUGUUCCCAUAGCUUCGGUCAUUGCAAAAUUUCUCAUCGGCAAUGCAAACCGAUUGUACCACUGCCAAAAGAUCAGUUUUCUUGCUCUUAUUUUAGUCCAAACGGUGUCUUAUUUCGGUGUUCAAUAUGUACCACCUUUACCAACCGUAAGAGACAGUGUCACUGAAGUGAAGUGUUCGAACGAAACGUUUAUCAAUAUCUGUUCUGGAAAUAUUCUAACCGAUAAGUACAUUGACAAUUUUACAACUACUUACAUCAAUAGAAAUCUAUAUUGCAUGAUUACAUUACAAAAGAAAGACUUCUUGGUUCAACAGAUAAUUAAAAAUAUAACUUUAAAUACUGAUGAAGACAAUUACGAUAUCAAAGAAGAUACAGAAAUUCACAAUGCAAGUUAUGCAUUCAAAUAUAGAAGUUACUGGGAACCUGGUUAUUACCCAAUUAAAGUUUCGAUUGCAGCCAACUCGUUUCAUUAUGAAGAUAAUUGUAUAACUAUGAAAAUAAAUUGGUUUGCGACUCAUGAAUUAAAAUGGCUUAAUCCAAAGUGUAACAUUGAAACAACGUCAGUAUGCAAUUUUCACUGUGGCGAAAUAUUUUAUGAAUUUAUACACAAACCACCGGUGAUGUCGGACAAAAAAGUAUAUAAUUUCCAUCAGUUUUGGCUCUUUUUAACAGUCGUUGUUAUCGGAAAUUCAGCAUUUCAAAUUAACAAUAGCAUAGGCAAUUCAAUGUGCCUGAAUUUUCUCGGUGAAGAUUGGGAACAGUUUGCCAAUGUGAGACUCUGGGGUUCUUUAGGUACGGGAGUUAUUUCAGUGAUUUCAGGCUUUCUGAUCGACAAAUUAAGUGAAGGGAGUACAGUAAAAGAUAUGUCGAUUGCAUUUUAUAUAUCUUUAGGCGUUUAUUUAACAGAUUUCUUAGUCUGCUUUAAAUUAAAGAUGAAAAAGAAAGAUUCGCAGACUGCAUUGACUACAUUGUCUAGUAAUAUUGAUGCAAGGAAUGUACCAGCUAUAGUUUUUGUUCUUUGGUGUGCUUUAGUCGGUUUUUACACAACAAUAUCAGACAACUUUUUGUUUUGGUACUUAGAAGACAUCGCUGCUGCAAAUGAGAGCGAUCUAUCGUUGAUGAAAACAAUAGAAGGGCUUAUUUUGGUGAUCAGGACACAUCUAGGCGAUUUCCCUGCAUUCUUCUGUUUCGGAUGGCUUUUAAAAAAUAUCGGCCGAAUGCACCUGAUGACAUUUGUGCUGUUUGCAUUUGGAGUUAGUUUUAUUUUGUACUCCUAUAUUACAAACCUAUGGUUGAGUUUACCUAUUGCCAUACUGGAUGGACUUAGCUUUGGACUUCACAGUGCAAUAAUUACGUUAUUUGGGAAUGCUGCACGACGGACUGGAAGUGAUACCAAUGUUGAAAACACCCUUUAUGGAUAUUUCAACAGCUUAGGCAUUUCUAUCGGUGGUGUUAUUGGUGGCUACUUAAUGCAAACUUACAGCGGUUCAUUGGUAUUUUGGAUAUUUGGGUUAAGUGCAUUAUCUUUUUGUCUGUUAUACGCUGUCAUACAAUUAUGCCUAAGAAUUUUUUUGAGAGGUGUAAAGAAGGAAGAAACGCCGAAGCAAAAUGAUUUAGAAGAAACAGAUAAAUCAUCGAUUAACACAGAUGAAGAGGAUACAAACAAUUCUCAUACAAAACUAUAACUAAAAAAUGAAGGAAGGAUGAAUCGACCUUCGGGAUAUCACCAGUAAGUUAGAGAUCAGGGAUGCAGUCAUGACCACUUCCCUGAUCUCUAAUAUACUGGUAUAACUAAAAAAGAAAGUGUGAAAUAUUUAUAUAUUUAAAAAAAAAAUCAAUGACUGAGAAAGAAAAUGUAUAUAUGAUUCUUACAAUUAAUUAUACUUUAUUACAAGAUUUCCCAUAAUUUUUUUUUAAAUAUUUUUAUAUUUGUAAGUAACCAAUUUUAGCAAUGAAGUCUUCCACUGAGCGUAGAAUCAAUCAUUUAAAAAAAAAAUAGUCUAGUUUUUUCAACAAUAUGACUCAUACUAUAUGAACAGACAUCCAAUUAUACGCUAAUUGAACUUUUACAUAUUCAUGAUCACAGAUCACCAUAAUGAACGCGUUAAAGAUGUUUUAAAAAGCAUAAUUGCUUUACAAAAAUUGAGUUGAGUAUAGGUCAGUGGCUUCAAAACAGUGAUUCUGUACCCUUUAAACUGGAGUCCUUAGCCAAUUUUCUCAGGACUAACAGAAAAAAAAUUCAUAAUAAUAACAAUUUCUAGGUUAUUAACAUUCACAUAAAAUAGUUAUAUUUUUUAAUAAUCCGAUUUUUCAGUUUUAUCAAAUUAACCCAAUAGUCGAGUACGAACGUUUGUUUUGAAAUAUGUUUCUAUUUGGUUCAUUACAAUUUAAUAAAAAACGACUUAUUUAUCACAAUAUAAAAUCUAAGAUAUAAAUCAAGAGGUUUGUAAUAAUAUGUGUGCAUUUCAGAAUUUUGGUUUGUUUUUAGUUUUGUAAACCUAUACUGAAGAACUUGUCUCAAGAUUGAUUACAGGUAUUUCCCAAGGAUUUACUAUUUAAUGAUAUAUUAUUAUUGAGUCUUUAUUAAUUAAUUAUGUAUAAAAUAAUAUACAAUUUAAACAAAUGUAACUUAAGACAGUAUUUUUGGCUUACAAAUUUGUUAAAAGGAGUAUAUAAAUAAAAUAAAUUAUAUAUAUUUCUGUGCAGUCGUGAAAACAACCUUAUCACUUUGCCAGACAAAAGCAUACAAUUAAAAACAAUAAACAAUUGGCCACGUUAAAAAUGAUGUAACUUAAAUUACUUAUAGGAAAGAAAAUCAGAUAAAAUGAACAUUAUUGUUCAGUUCAAUUAUUUAAGGUUUUAAGUUGAGAUAAAAUAGUCA